UUUACCUUCAUUUCUUUUUCUCUCCGAUCCCUAUCUUUAAUUUCUCUUCAUUUCCUCUGCCAAGGAUCCAGGUAAAGCAAGUUUCCUAUAAGCCUUUUUUCAUCAGGAGUUGCAGGAGGAGACACACUUGGAACUUCUUAAGGAGACUCUCUACGACUAGCUCUCAAAAGAGUAAGAUUAUUUGAUCUACUAUUCUUGAAAUUCUACAAGAUUGGAGUCAAAUGUUUGAGGAACAAAAAAAAAAUGGUAAAAUCACCUCCAUAGCUAUAUCUACAAGUGGGUAUAAAUGGGCCUGCCUGGUUUUGCAAGGAAAGGAGUGAUCUUGAGGAAUGGUAAAGCAGCCAGGAAGGAUUAUGUGGUAUUGGAGGGGAAGGAAGUAAAUCCGUACAUGUUCUUAAAAUAACAACCAUGUAUGGUAUCUGGAUCACUCAUCAAGUUAAGAGAUUCUCGCUAAGACAUGUCGUUUUUCAAAUUAGGUUAUUUUAUAAUAAAUUAUAUAAGAGAUGAAGAUGAUGGAUGUGGCUUGCUUCAACCGCUGAUACGUUUUUGGUCUCCUGAAAUUGAAAUGAAGCUGCAAUGCUUCAUCUUUCCAGUUGCCCGAUAUUUCGUACACCCCAAUUUAAAAUCACAAUCAUAUACCGUUUAUUUCAAUCAUCACCAGAUUUCUAUUCUCAACUCAUCCAAACUUUAGCUUGUUCUCGAGCCUCGCAUCAAGGAAAAAAGCUGCACGCCCACUUGAUUAUAAACGGCUUAGCUUCUUCAACUCGUUUUGCCUCCAGGCUCAUCUAUUUUUAUACUGAGAUUAAACAGUUAUCUGACGCUCGUAAACUGUUCGAUGAAAUUCCCAAAUCAAACAUCCACCGUUGGGUCGUGCUCAUUGGUGCCUACUCUCGAUGUGAUUUUUAUCAGGAAGCUUUAACCGUCUUUUCUGAAAUGCAGAAUGAAAGAUUAGGGCCUAAUAAGUUUGUUAUUCCGAGUGUUCUUAAAGCUUGUGGUCGUUUGUUUGAUUUGCAAACUGGGAAGAUAUUACACUCUGUGAUUUUAAAGUCAUCAUUUAAGUCUGAUGUUUUUGUCAUUAGUGCAUUAAUCGAUAUGUAUUCUAGAUGCAAGCAAGUUGAAAAGGCGAGGCAAGUGUUUGAUAGGAUGGAAGAGAAAGACUUGGUGGCAUUAAAUGUCAUGGUUUUAGGUUAUGCUCAACAUGGUUUGGCUAAGGAUGGAUUUGUUUUGGUGGAGAAAAUGCAAAUGUUGGAUAUUAAGCCUAAUGUGGUAACUUGGAAUACCUUAAUUUCAGGGUUUGCACAAGCAUGUGACAAAGUAAUGGUUUUAAAGGUGUUUGAAUUAAUGCUUAUGAAUGGUGUGAAGCCUGAUGUCUUCUCUUGGACUUCGGUUAUUUCAGGGUUGGUGCAGAAUUUUCAGAUUGAGGCGGCUUUUGAUACAUUUAAACAAAUGUUGCAACAUGGGUUUUAUCCAAGUUCUGCAACUAUUAGCAGCCUCUUACCUGCUUGUGCAACUGUGGCAAAUGUGAGGCUUGGGAGGGGGGUACACGGGUAUGCAGUGGUGAUUGGAGUUGAAGAGGACAUAUAUGUAAGGAGUGCUCUUGUUGACAUGUAUGCCAAAUGUGGUUUUAUAUCUGAAGCAAUGGUAUUGUUUUAUAAGAUGCCUGAAAGAAACACAGCUACUUGGAAUUCAAUGAUUUUUGGAUAUGCAAAUCACGGGUACUGCAAUGAAGCUAUUGAGCUUUUUAAUCAGAUGGAGAAGGUAGAGAGAAAGAAGCUUGAUCACUUGAGUUUCACCGCUGUCCUCACUGCUUGUAGCCAUGCUGGAAGGGUUGAACUUGGACAAAGUUUGUUUCUUUUGAUGCAAGAGAAGUACAAUGUUGUUCCAAGAUUGGAGCAUUAUGCAUGCAUAGUUGACCUACUUGGUAGAGCUGGAAAAUUAUCCCAGGCUUAUGAUAUGAUUAAGACGAUGCCUGUUGAGCCUGAUUUAUUUGUUUGGGGAGCAUUAUUAGGGGCAUGUCGGAAUCAUGGAGAUGUAGAUCUUGCUGAGAUAGCAGCUAGGCAUUUGGCCGAGCUUGAGCCUUGGAAUGCUGGAAAUGAUAUGCUUCUGUCAAAUUUAUAUGCUGAUACUGACUGUUGGGAAAAUGUUGCAAAGUUCAAGAAUCUGAUAAAAAGAAAAAAGAUGGGAAGAUUUUCUGGGUGCAGUUGGAUAGAGGCUGCCAGAUAACUGUGGAUUCUGAGGAAGAAUUGCCCCAAUCCUUAGCCUGGAAUUGAGAAAAUUCUUGGAUUGUUUGUGCAAUACCCUGCUUCGGCUUAGUGCCUUCCUGGGUUUUACUGCUUCCUUCAGGGGAUCUUAGGGCAUAUUUGGCUCCUUUUUUCUUUUUUUAAUUAUCUACCCAAAAGUUGGAUCCAUCAGGGUGGGAAAACUUUAGCAGGUGGAAUUGGCUAUCGGAUUAUGGCUUUGGGAGUUUGUAUUCAAUAAUCAAUGCAACGUAUUGAGAAGGAUUUAAUACUUGAGAUAAAUUUCCAUGCAUUUCAAUGAAA